GUUCUUUUAGUUGAAAAAUCUUAAAUUGUUGUGUUGUGUGUUGCUAUUACAUAAUGUCGUGUACAUUUACUGCAGGUAUGCAUUAAGUGACUAAUAUCAAUAUAUGGUGACGACAUAAGCACAUAUCUCAUCACUCAGGAUAUAUCAAUAUACAAAUAUAGCUAAGCCUAAGUAUCAUAAAACAGCCGAGUGUUUCAAACGAGGUCAAUGUGGAAUCCUAUUGUUAACGAUGUGUAACAAAGUGUUAAAUGUAACUUUCCUGGACUUUGUUUUAUAUAAUGAUUCAUAUAAUAAACUUGAAUUGAUAAGUAAAAAUAGAUUAAAUAUACAAUAAAAGAACAACGGAAACGAAAGUGUUUGCAUUACUUGAACACUUCUAGUCUGUUGAAUGUAUUUUAAGAGGAAUACUUAUGAUUAAAACUUCAAAGCCAACGAGAUUUCAUUGUGUUAUAUAAAUAUAUAUCUUUAAAUUAAAUGCCGAACAGUUAUAUGUUGUGUUUGUAAAAUGUGGAACCAUUUUUAAUGAUUGCCUAUGAAGUUACUCAACCGGUAAUAAUCAGCUACGAUCAAUAACCGGAGUACUAAUUUUCAUGUGAAGUUACAACAAAAGGUAAAAGUAAAAAUGGCCGAAAGAUUACGCCGAUACAAGCUGAGUCCGCAUCUGUAUCCGCGUUUCCAGUAUGCAGUAACAGAGGUCGAACGUGCGCACCGGAAGUUUGAUAAGUUAACAAAACAAUGUGGUAUCACGGAUAACCAAAGACUGCCACCAUUUGGAUAUGUUUAUGUGAACAUUCUAGAAACUGAAGGACAUCCAUUGAUAGAAGAGGAACAUCUCACUCCAAACAAAAUAGACGAGAAUCUUGAUUUCGACACCGUCAGCCAUGCCAAGGCUAAGGACAUGUUUGAUGAAGCACCUAAUAAUAGAAAAUAUCCCACCGUUUAUGUAACGAGGUUCAGCGGGGACAAUUAUUUGCCGGACUACUUUGGGAAUUUGACAAUCUUGAUAAAUAAUGACCAUAACCACGUUGGUAGCACGUUUUCUAAGUACGAUGAUAUAUACAUUUGUGUUUCAAAUCAUGCAAACUUUGCCAAAGACAUCAGCAAUAUGUUGGAGCGCUACGUCUUUGCCCAUAUACGUUACAAAACCGAGCUGCUGGAUCGCAUCACAAGUGCAGAAAUGCACACAGAUUACACACACGAUCUUGGUCGUGCUUUGGAAAAUACCCAAAUCAAGCAAUUACCUUCAGGUCCAGUGGCAUCGUUCGGAAAACUAACACUACACAGGGUAGUGUCUACUCCAGAAGCACUACAAAAACUAGUCGAAGCGAGUCUGGAUAGUGGUGUAGAUAUAAAGAUGCAUGUCGAAACCGCUGUUAAGAUGAAACCAAAGCUAAUGCAAGCCGUUGCUGAAAUUCGAACCAUGUUCAAGCGCAGCAGGGUACCACAAGACGAACAUCCAAAACUCCGUGACCGUCAGCAACAUUUCGAUGAGGAGGUUGCAAAUGAACUUUUCAAAGAAGUCCCUGAAGUCCUUGGAGUUGGAUACAGGCUAGACACACUUAUAGUAAAUUUGAAUUCUUCAAUCCAAGACGAUAAGGCCUCUAUUAACAAUAUCCAGUCCAAAAUUGUGAAGUUCCUUCAAUCUCGGAACAAACAAAUACUUGACAUCACUUUUCGUUUUUGUAAAAGCGAAAUGAGGGAAUAUGCACAUGGCGAUCAGACAGUUGGAGAUUGCAUUACAACAGGAUCUAAACGUGGAACACUUGGCGGCUUUGCCUGGAAAGGGACGUCUGAAGAUGAGAAAUGUUGUCUUAUAUCGGCCAAGCAUGUUUUAGAUGACGAGGAGGAGAAGAAUGUUUUACGAGUAUCAACGAACGGCGACAAAAUAAUCGCUCAGACUUUGCGCCGAAGAGAUGAUCUUGAAUACUUGUUGCCGGUCGAUAUUGCAGCUGCGCGACUUAUGGCCGAGUCAAUAACGGUACCUAGUCUUUUAGAUUCGACCGGCGCUGAAAAACCAUGCAGAGUGUAUGAUUAUCAAAACCCAGAGCAAUUAGAAUCCUUGAAUGGACUUAUUGUUCACCUAUGGGCGGUGAAUUCUAAACCUGGUAAGGGCAAAAUAACUACGCCGAAAUAUUUUCGACGCCUUGGUGCAAAGAUUCAAAACAUAAUUGGAAUUGAGAAUCCCGACUCGGAUGAUGAGGAGAGGGAUGGAGCCUCUGUUGGUACAAGACUGGCUACCUAUGGAGACAGUGGUUCGCUUGUCUGUGCAGACACGCCAGAUGGCGACUUUAUACAUGCGAUAGGAAUGUUAAUGGGAGAGGAAUCGGCAGAUGAAAACACAAAAAUGUACGUGUCGUGUGACCUGCAGUCUGGGAUUGAACACAUGGCAGACAAAUACCAAGAUACGUUCAGGUUGUGUAACAGUAUUUUAUAA